CCUAACAAGCUGACAUGCUUUUGAAAAGAAAAAACCAACAGCUUAAAAAUACACAUUUGGACUCUGUAAAGAAGACCGACAUGGCCAUGUAUACGAACCGCAGAGGGAAAAUGGUCCCUCUGGAAGAAGAUCACUGGACGUCAGUAACUUCAAAUCAGUUCCUCGGCGCAUUUGCGCCAUUUCCGCGUUUCGCCUGGAUUCAUCCAAACGCACCGAGGGACAGCUAUGAUAUGGUGUGCAAAAUUGUCUGGAGCAAAGCUACCCAGGUGAAACCUGGAAGAGGUCAAAGUUCACUGGAAAUCCAAGCUAGUAAAGACGACACUCCUUCAGUCAUCAUGUCAAGUCACAGGGCUGAGAAGCAGCAAGAAGACACAGAUGAUUACACGCACUAUGAUGAGGACAAGAAGCAAUACCACACUGACUUCACCCUUCCUUGUCCUUAUCUCUCGGGCCGCAGACAUCACGGCCUAUCCAAUCCCGCACGGGUGCUGAGCCCUGUGCUGGAAGUGGAGACAAGGCAAAUUAAGGAAGAGGCGGGCGGAAAAAGAAAGUCGUCCUGUCGGGAGAGGGAUGUGCAAGAUAAACAAAGGAGUGUUGAAAACUCUCUUCAGAAGAUGCAGGUCUCUCAAUCCAGCAGAACAGGCACACAGAGCUCUGUACCUGCACCUCAACAUAUGGUGACAAAUCCUGUCUGCUUUGAAGGCCACACCCCACACCUGCCAGACAGAGAAGGUUCUCUACACCCUUCUAAACUACCCGGGGAUGAAUGUGGAAGCGAGAAAGAGCAGAAUGCAAGUAGAGACUCAGACAGCUACUCUAGUGAUGAUAGUGAUGCUGUUAGUCUACCUGGGGUGCAAAGUUGUGCCAGCGACAGCAGAAAUAAUGACUCAGUGGUUAGUGCAAAAGUAGUGAAGAAAAAGGAAAUUCCAAGCUCAUCUGCUGAGCUGAGCUGCGACAAUGAGCAGGAUUCCUUUUUUACAGCUGAUGAAGACUUUCCUGCUCUCACCACCAUCAACGCUGGCAUUCCGCUAUCUCUCACAGGGCCGCCAGCCUUGGGGAAGAUAAAAGGCCAGUGGGAGAUUCCCCUUUCAUUCCACCCACAUGACAUACCCACUGUCACGUUGGCAAGUGGCGUGAAUGACCCUGUGCAGGCUCCCAUCCAAGGCAAACCAGAAGCACCUGAGGCAAAUUCAAAAACCAAAGCACCACCAGCAGUCCCAGUGCAGAACGAGGCUUAUGACCUCUUGGCCGACUUCCCAGCCCUCCAGCCCCCAAAGAACCCUUUAGCGCUUGGUGGAUUGCGUCAGAGGAAUCCCAAGACCAACGAUGCAAAGGGGAAAGGAGUUCUCAUUUCUACUCCAAGCCACUGCCAAAGCUGUAGGGGUUCCCAUGAGAGGAGAUUGGAAAAUUCGCCCCACGAGGACUCCUCCAUCUGUGCAGGAGAUCAGAAAUCUGUGCUGGACCUUCAAACAUUUGGCACAGUCCGCCAUCACAACUCUCCCACCAUCAGCUGUGAGCAACGGAAGGCCAACAAGCAGCCGCCGCCUAGAGUUGCAGGUGCAGAUGGCGUGGGUGUCAGUGCCAGGUCCUGGGCUAAUGCUGCCAAGGCAGGCAUGAAGCAAGCAGCUGCCCCUCAGGAGAAAGCCAGACCUUGUACCUUUCAGCAGAUAGUUACCAUUAACAAAGCCAAAGCUGAAUAUGGUGCUACUCCAAAAAUCAACAAGAAAGCAACAGUUUUCCAUCCAGGAUCAAAUCAGAAGAUGAUAACCUUAAAACAGUGCUGCUUUCACCCCUGCAACCAAAUCCACUUUGUCAGAUUUUGCAACCCUCCUGGCUAUCAGCAUUUUGGAGUCCAGCCGCAUCAAGCCAACUAU